CAUGUAUGCUUCUACUUCUUUUACUUUACCACUCCUCCAUGAACUACUUGUUGAAUCUCACACAAGAAGGUUACUCUUCCAAAGUCCAAUUGAUCAUCAAUCACUUAAAAUCAACUCUUAUGUUUUCACAAACAACCACAAUUCAACAAACUCGUAUUUUGGUGCUCAUGGAUUUGAUUCAAAUGUUGUGAAAAUAAUGGCGGUCCUAUUAUGUGCUCUUAUUUGUUCACUUGUAUUAAACUCCAUCAUAAGGUGUGCCUUGAGAUUUUCAAACGCGGCGAUCACCAACAACGAGUCUUCUUCGAGUUUGAGCAGCGAUCUUUCACCUCAAUUAGCUAACAAAGGAAUCACGAAGAAAACUCUCGAGAAAUAUCCAACAAUGACUUAUUCGGCUGAGUUGAAACUAUCAGAUUUGGAUACAGAGUGUGCGAUAUGUCUUUCAGAGUUUACAAAUGGUGAAAAAGUGCGCAUUUUGCCUAAAUGCAACCAUGGUUUUCAUGUUCUUUGCAUUGACAAAUGGUUAAAGGAACACUCAUCAUGUCCCAAGUGUAGACAAUGUCUUCUUGAAACAUGUCGAAAGAUUGGUGGGUCACAAGUGCAACCAAUUGUGUUGCCGGUGCUAGAAACCAUUAUAAGGAUCUAA